AUGAAAAUAGUCCUCGAGCAAUAAUGGCAACAACAAAAAAGUUAUUGACAGUUUCAACAUUUCCAUCAUCAUCAACAACAACAACAACAACAAUGAAGACAAAUUGUCAAACUGAAUUAGAAUUUCAAUCACCAGAACCACCCACAAUAACAUCAUCAUUAAUGAUGAUGAUGAUGAUUAACAACGUUUGGCCAAAAUGGUCAUCAUCAUCAUCAUCAUCAACAACAUUACAAUCAAUAAACUAUGGAAAUUAUCGUAUUGUUAUGUCGAUCAUAUUCAUUUUACAAAUAUUAUUCAUCAAUCAUCAUAUUGAUUCUUGUAGUUGUUUACCAACAUCAUCAUUACCGAAAUCAUCAUCAACAUCAUCAUUAACCGAUAAUCAAAUGAUGAUAAAUGAUGAUGAUAUUAAUUAUCCAAUUAUAACAAAUAAUAAAUUAGCAACAAUACGUUUUGUACGUUCAUAUUCAGAAGAAUUUAUGUCAUCAUCUGAAGAACGUGAACGUGGUCUGCAAUUUUUCGGUGGUACAUCAGCCGGUUCAUCCGUUGCACUUUCAUCAUCAACAACAGCAUUAUUAUCAUCAUCUCAAUCAUCAUCAUCAUCGGCACAGAAACGUAUUUCACCAUAUUUUGAUACAGAAUCAAUAUCAACAAAUGUAACCAUAUCUGAAGGUUCAGCAUUUGUACAUUUACCAUGUCGUGUUAAACAGUUAGGUGAUCGUACUUUAUCUUGGAUUCGACGUCAAGAUUUUCAAAUAUUGACGGUCGGAACAUUUACGUAUACAUCGGAUCAACGAUUUCAGGCCAUACAUCGUGAAAAUUCUGAUGAUUGGUCUUUACAGAUAAGUUAUCCAAGAAAAAAAGAUGCUGGCAUAUAUGAAUGUCAGAUUUCUACGAUGCCAAAAAUGAGUCUAUUUAUUCAACUUAAUGUUGUUGUGAGUCGAGCAAAAAUUGUUGAAGGUCCAACCCUAUACCUAAGCAGUGGUUCAACAUUAAAUCUAACUUGUAUGGUAAAAGAUACGCCCGAACCACCGGAUUAUAUUUUCUGGUAUUAUAAUGGCCAAGUGAUUAACUAUGGAUCACCUCGUGGUAUUAAAGUGCAUACAGAAAAAUCUGCACAAACUAUUUCAAAAUUGAUCAUAUUGAAAGCUCAAGCUAAUGAUUCGGGAAAUUAUAGCUGUACACCAUCAAAUGCUGAACCGGCACAUAUUGCUGUUCAUGUACAAAAUAAUGCUAAUCCAGCGGCUAGUAUACAACAUGGUAAACGUAGUGCCAGCCGAGAAUAUAAUAAUGGAAAUGGAUGUCAACAAUUAUAUCGAUCAUCAUUCAUACUGACCAUUUUAACAUCAUUGAUUAUGGCCUUGUUUCUAUAAAUCAAUGAAGAUGAUCAUCAUCGUUAUUGAUUUCUUUGUUCUUUGAAACAAAUUUGGAUAAAAUCUUUGAUUGCAAA